AUGGCCCAAGACAACAGGCCGUUUUUGUUCCCCAAAAGAGAGAGACUUCCGACCAUUCACGAGGAUUGUUGCACCACCCCUCAACCGAGCCCGAAGCGCUCUUCCUACUUUCAUUUCUUCUCAUGUACAGGCCUUGUCAUCUGCCUUCUACUGAUGGGCCGCAAACUCACCACCCAUACAAGCAUCUUCAACAAUAAAAAUAUUUAUCCAGGCUUGUGCAACACCACCCUGAGCAAACUCGAGCUGGUCCUGUCGACAACCCGGGGAAGCAACAUAUCAUGGAUCCAUGAUCAUCUGAGCAGCUGGCCUGCCAACAUUUACCGUCUCGACGACCCGCACACUCUUUCUCCUUCUGUGCCUUCAACUAAGGGCGGCCAGGCAAUGGCUUAUUUGACUUUUAUAAUCGACCGGUAUCGCACCCUGCCCGACGUGACGGUCUUUUUGCGUGACAAACGGUAUAUAUGGUCUAAUGAUAAUCCUCUUUAUGACAAUGUAAUUUCAGUCGUCGACCUGCAAACCUCUUUCGUUCAAUCUGCGGGAUACGUGAACCUGCGUUGUGCGCUGCAAUGGGGAUGUCCCGCGCAGCUCGAGCCUGCACAGCUCACGCGCGAGAAGACGAUAAACACAUUGAAGCCAGCAGAACUGGAAUAUCCUUUCGAAUUCAUUAAUCUGUUCCCCGGUGUUGAGUUGCCUGAAGUAGUUGGGGUACCGACUGGCAACCAGUUUGCUGUGUCUCGAGACAAGAUUCUUGAGAGACCGCGAGAAGAUUACAUCAAAUAUCGACAGUGGCUGAUGAACACGCCUCUGGAAGAUGAGGUCGCCAACGAGAUUCUGGAGUACUCCUGGCACAGUAAGCUUUCUCUUCUCAAGUACCUGUUUAAAGAGCAGCGAUCUGACUCAAAUACAGUGAUAUUCGGCAAGCCUCCGCAGUAUUGCCUCAACCCUCAAGAAUGCUACUGCCAGACGUUUGGGCGUUGUGACCUGAGAGAGAGCGAUCACCCAAAAACACCCCCUCAGGUGAAAGGAAAACAGGACGCCGCCAAUGGAUUCUCACGGGCAUCUGCAAAGUUUUGUGAGAGCCGAAGGAUCAGCCUGCAGAUCCAGGACGAUCUGGAUAAGCAAGUUCACGGCCGCAACACGGUAAAAGCAGAAUCACCACCACCAAUGCUGGCAAACGCAUCGAAGGACGAGAAGGAACUACAGCUCGAUGUGCUGCUGUCGAUCGACCACAAUCUGGAUCGCAUAGCCAAGACAUUGGAGGAACUAGUUGAAAGCAUUCCUCUGGUUGCAAAGUAG